AUGACAUCACAGGAGGUACAUGACGCCACAAAUUCUGAGAUUAUUCGCGUCCAAUAUGAAGGAUUCGGUGAUCUAAUUAAAUUAGAUGGCAAAUCAUUUACAUUUGCCACUUUGAUUUGCGGUAAAGCAUAUAAAGAAGCAAGUAACUUAUUAAGAGAGGCUGGUAUAGAUGUACCAUCUUCACAAUACUUUUACAAGAUUCAAAAGGUGAUUCUCGAGAAAGCGAAGGAAUUAGCUGAAAAAAGUGUAAAAAAUCAUGCAUUGCAACUUGAGCCUGGAACUGUUAUCACCAUCGAUGCUCAUUUCUCGCAUGUUAGAAAUGCAGACGAGUGUGAGUUUGUAGCAAUGGGUCCUAAAGGUGACAUUGUGGCAAAAUUCGUAAUCGUUAGAUCUCGUAAAGGUAAAGCUGGAAAUUAUACUGGUGCCUCAUGCCAAAUGGAAUCUGUUGCCGCUGAUCAGGCUCUUCAAAUUUUGGAAGAUACGGUGGGAAAAGGUAUUAUUGACUUUUUUUGCCAUGAUAGGGAUAAUAAAUCCCGUAAUAUUGUUCAUAAGCAUUUUCCUGAUGCUGUUGAAUAUCAAGAUGGCUUCCAUUGCAAAAAGAAAUUCGAAUUGUGCUGGAAACGUCUUACUUCUAAUGAGUAUGCAAAAAGUGACAUGCCUAUCGUCGACUCAAAAAUUUUUCAUGGUAUCAAAAACAGACUCAAAAUAUUCUUUAAUACUUUAUUGAAUAAGCAUAUUUCCAAAGAACAGAAGCUAUUUUAUUGGCUCCACGCUGUAGAUCAUCUAAUUGGAAAUCAUUCACCAGAAUAUUGUUUACAUUCCACAAAAGAUGAAGAAAAAGAACAUUUUAUAUGGACAGCUGGACUUGAAAACGAAAAUGCAAGAAAUCAUCUACUCGAAUUUUUAAAAGAUUCCGGAUCAGUUUUUCAAAUUGUUAAUCCGGAUUAUGCAACUCAUAUAAAUGAGUCAUAUAAUGCUCGAUCAUGCCGUUUUAAUCCAAAACAUACAAAUUAUCUCAGUUCAUAUGAAGGCAGAACAGAUAUUGCUACAAUUUACCACAAUGAAGGAUAUCAAGGAUUACUUGAACUACGUAAUUUAUCAGGAAUUAAGCCAAUUCAUCCUAUCCUUCGGGAUUCUCUUAUUGAAGAGCACAAAGAAAAAAAGUUGCGCUCGGAACGAGAAAAGACAGAAGAAUAUCGAUCUGCGCGCUCAGAAAGACGAAAGGCAAGAAAAUUGAUUGUAAAAGGAAAAGGAGAUUACGGAAAUGGACAAGAUGAAGAAAUAAUUUCAAAUGAAUCACAAAAUUCUUCAGAAAUUCCAAAGUAUGUAAUUGCUGGAAUGCCUCAAGAAAAGAGGGAACCGUUUCCAUUACCUCAAAUUCAUGGUUUUCAAGAAUAA